CCCUCCGCCCUUCCCCCCCCAUCCCCUUCCCCCAUUGACUCUCGUCUCUUCUCUCUUCUCUUCGCCGAGGAGGGCCUAUUCGUCACAAUGGCUUCCUCUAGGUUAUGUCUCCCUCGUCAGCUGCCAUUGAGGAUAUCAUCAGCUAGGGUGGCUGGCUCUGGCCUCACUGUCGCCGGCCGCUCGACAUUGACCUCGGCAACAGCGAGGAACCUCUCUAUCACCUCUCGAUCGUCAGCCAGCCCGCUACGACGAGGAAUUCGCUACUUCAGCUUCACAUCCCUUCAGUCCCAUGCUCUCGGCAAGGACACCAUCUCAGACCCGUCCCUGGAGCCCCUCACUGAACUGCAAUCCUUCGUCCCCCGCCAUAUCGGCCCGGACGCCCAUGAUGCCCAGGAGAUGCUCAAGGCCCUCUCCCCCGAGGCCAAGUCCCUCGACGAGUUCAUCUCCCAGGUCAUUCCGGCCGAUAUUCUUUCUGAACGAGCCAACCUCGUUCCCAAUGGCGACAAGCCCCUGCUCGAGAGCGACAUCGCGGCACGGGCCGACGAGCUGAAGCUUCGGGAGACGUAUGCUUGUCCCAUGAUCGGCGCCGGUUAUUACCCCAGCAUCACGCCCAAGGUCAUCCAGACCAACGUGCUGGAGAACCCGGCCUGGUACACCAGCUACACCCCUUACCAACCCGAGAUCAGCCAGGGCCGCCUCGAGUCCCUGCUGAACUACCAGACCAUGGUUUCCGACCUCACCGCCCUACCCAUCUCGAACGCGAGCUUGUUGGACGAGGGAACCGCCGCCGCCGAAGCCGUGACCCUCUCCUUGAACGCCCUACCUACAUCCAGGGCGAAGCGGCCGGGCAAGACCUACGUCGUCUCCGAUAUGAUCCACCCGCAGACCCUCUCCGUCCUCCAGGGUCGGAGCGAGGGUUUCGGCAUCAAGAUCGAGAAGAUGGACCUCUCCGCCCCCGAUGCCCACCAGCGCAUACAGGCCCUGGGCGACGACUUGGUCGGUGUCAUGGUCCAGUACCCCGAUACCAGGGGCCACGUCGAGGAUUUUAGGUCCCUGGCCGAGGUCGUCCACGGCCAAAAGGCGCUCCUCAGCGUGGCCACCGACCUCCUCGCGCUGACGCUGCUCACCCCGCCGGGCGAAUGGGGCGCCGACAUCGCUUUCGGCACCGCCCAGCGCUUCGGCAUUCCUCUCGGCUUUGGCGGUCCGCAUGCCGCCUUCUUCGCCGUCACGGAAGCCCACAAGAGGAAGAUCCCCGGCCGUCUCAUCGGCGUCUCCAAGGACCGGAACGGCCGCCCGGCCCUGCGUCUGGCCCUGCAGACAAGAGAACAGCACAUUCGCCGGGAGAAGGCGACGAGCAACGUCUGCACGGCGCAGGCUCUGCUGGCCAACAUGAGCUCCCUGUACGCCGUCUAUCACGGGCCCCAGGGCCUGAGGGAGAUCGCCGAGAGGGUUGUCUCGCGCGCGCGCGGCGUUCAGGCGUUGGCCCAGCAGUUCGGCCUCGAGGUCGAGCAGCCUCGGAACAGCCCGGAUGGACAGGUCCUCUUCGACACGGUGGUGGUGAAGGCCGGCGAAGAUCUCGCCGAGACCAUCAUCGAGAAGGGAGAGCAGCUGGGCCUCCACUUCCGCCGGCUGGGCGGCGGCGACAUCGGCAUCAGCAUCGGCGAGGCCACGGAUCUCAAGGCCUUCGACAGGCUGGCGGCCACUUUCGCCUCGGCGACGGGACGUGAGGUGGCUGCUGCCAGUUCCGACUCGGCCGCCGAGCUCUUUCACAAGGACGCGAGCAGCGUCCACGCGUCGUUGCCGGCGUCGUUCCGGCGGACGUCUGACUACCUGACGCACCCGGUCUUCAACACCCACCGGAGCGAGACGGAGGUGCUGCGCUACAUCUACCACCUCCAGUCGAAAGACCUGUCGCUGGUCCACUCCAUGAUCCCCCUCGGCUCUUGCACCAUGAAGCUGAACGGCGCCACCGAGAUGUCGCUCAUCUCCAAGGACACCUUCGCCACGCCUCACCCGUACACCGACCCGAAGCACAUGUCGGCGUACCUCAAGCUCGUCAAGGAGCUGGAGGACCAGCUCUCGGGCAUCACGGCCAUGGACGCCACCACGCUCCAGCCCAACUCGGGCGCGCAGGGUGAGUUCGCCGGGCUGCGCGUGAUCAGCAAGUACCUCGAGCAGCAGGGCGGCGCCAGGAAGCGGGACAUCUGCCUGAUCCCCAAGUCGGCGCACGGCACCAACCCGGCGUCGGCGGCCAUGGCGGGCAUGCGGGUGGUGCCCAUCGAGUGCGACAACCUGACGGGCAACCUGGACCUGGCGGACCUGGAGGCCAAGUGCAAGAAGCACGCGGCGGAGCUGGCGGCCAUCAUGAUCACGUACCCCAGCACCUUUGGCGUGUUCGAGCCGCACAUCAAGAAGGUGUGCGACAUGGUGCACGAGCACGGCGGGCAGGUGUACAUGGACGGCGCCAACAUGAACGCGCAGAUCGGGCUCUCGUCGCCCGGCGAGAUCGGGGCCGACGUGUGCCACCUGAACCUGCACAAGACGUUCUGCAUCCCGCACGGCGGCGGCGGCCCCGGCGUGGGGCCGAUCUGCGUCAAGAAGCACCUGGCGCCGUUCCUCCCCGGGCUGCACCCGGCGGACGGGCAGGCGAUGAUCAGCAGCGCGCCGUACGGCAGCGCGGGCAUCCUGCCGAUCCCGUGGGCGUACAACUCGCUGAUGGGCGACAAGGGCCUGCGGCUGGCGACCAAGAUGGCGAUCCUCAACGCCAACUACCUGCUCUCGCGGCUCAAGCCGCACUACAAGGUCCUGUACACCAACGAGGCGGGGCGGUGCGCGCACGAGUUUAUCCUGGACGCGCGGCCGUUCGCCAAGACGGCCGGGGUCGAGGCCAUCGACAUCGCGAAGCGGCUGCAGGACUACGGGUUCCACGCGCCCACCAUGUCGUGGCCCGUGGCCAACACGCUGAUGAUCGAACCGACGGAGAGCGAGAGCAAGGAGGAGCUCGACCGGUUCGUCGACGCGCUGGUCGCCAUCCGGGGGGAGAUCCGCGAGGUCGAGGAGGGCCGGCAGCCGCGCGAGGGCAACGUGCUCAAGAACGCGCCGCACCCGCAGACGGACGUCAUCCUGGGCGACGGCGAGGGAACGUGGGAGAGGCCUUACUCGAGGGAGAAGGCCGCCUAUCCUCUGCCGUGGCUGCGGGAGAAGAAGUUUUGGCCCAGCGUGGCGAGGGUGGACGAUGCUUACGGCGAUACAAAUCUCUUCUGCACCUGCCCCCCUGUCGAAGACACCACGGGCGAGGCGUAAGAAACGGAGGCAUAUGGCGAUUCCACGGCCGGGCUUGUAACGAUAGACCUGGAGGCGACCUCGACAACAGUUCACAUCUGGGCCAACUGCCAACCACAAUAUCAUGCACGGACUAGAUCAAUUCAACAUUCAGCGAGAAUUCAACACUUGAGCGGCGUCCGGAAAAAGGAAAGGGACGGUCUUAAUUUAACAUAUAAAGCGAUUCAGCGGUUCAACCUAGGAUCUAAACGACGAGGCGUGUGGCUGAUUUUUAUUUUGCAUCUCUUUUAUUAUUAUUUGGUUACUUGGCCUUGGUCAGAUAUUCGUCUCAACAGGAAUCAGGAGUGCAAGAGUUAAAUAGAGCGACACAGUCCCAGAGCCUCGACAAUAGAAGUGGAAUCUCCAAGUUGUCCCAGGUGAACUC